CUGAUGAUUGAUAAAAGCUGUUUAUAAUAACUUGGGAUUCAAGGUGCUCCGCUUAGUAGUCUUUAUUGAAAAUAUUAUGAUCACUACUAUGUUUAGACCCUAAAACACUUUCGGAGUUUUAACGAAGGACGAAUGUUGCGUUUAAAUGUACAAUAUAUUAAUUUUUGUUUCCUUACUCAGGUGUCAACAUGUCGUCUCAUCUGCAGUGGAUGGUGAUCAGGAACUGCUCCAGCUUCCUUAUCAAGAGGAACGGACAGACGUACAGCACCGAACCCAACAACCUGAAGUCAAAGAACUCCUUCCGUUUUAACGGACUUGUGCACAGGAAGACUGUUGGUGUUGAGCCAGCUGCUGAUGGGAAAGGAAUUGUUGUGGUUUUGAAGAAACGUGCAGGUCAGCGCAAACCUGCCACCUCGUUUGAGAAAAUCACCAUCAACAAGAACUCGCGUGCCACUCUGAACAGCCUGCGCCACAUCAUCCGCAAGAACAACUACAGAAAGGAUCUGCGCAUGGCUGCUCUGCGUCGUGCUAGCGCCAUCCUGAAGAGCCAGAAGCCUGUGGUGGUGAAGAAGCAGCGCUCAAGAGCUACAAAGACCGCAUAAAUGUUUUCAUUAAGAAUCAUUUAAUAAAGUUCUGUUAAAUUGA